AGACACAGCGACUUGGAGAAGACUAGCAUAGAUUGGAACAUCAACUCCCAGGCUGGCAGUCGGCCACACAACAUCGUAUAUGUGAUCAACGUGCGCGAUCGGCAACAGGGAGGACGGAAAGACUGGGCAGAACAUGAACAGACGACCGACACGUCCAUUGAGUUAAAAACUGAGAAGUUAUUCCCUGAAUCGGAACUCUUAAUUCAGGCAGUAGGCGAGAAUGGGACUUUGGCUGAAAAAAAGCUCACCAUUUACACCAUGUACGACCAGCCUAGGACCCUGGGCAAUGCCCCGAAACUUAACUUAUCGGUGGAGGCGAAAGGAAGUAAAGAGGAAGGUUGUAGCUGUACUCACCUGGCAGCUUCCUGACGUCCUUGGCAACGUCACCGUGCACUACACUCUCAGCUGGUUCCGGAAGGAGUGUCCUGUGUACGAGGACUCCCCCUACUGCAACCUGCCUCAUGAGGCCUUCAUGGAAACAAUGGACGAAGUGGGCAAAGAGAAGAUAACCAAAACUAUUCGGCGGUUGACUUAUAACACGAGAUAUGAAGUCCGCCUUGAAGCCAAGCAUAAGGGAAAGAGGUGGUUCGUGGAGACAACUUUCAUGACGCCAUUUUGUUACAAGGUCUCCCACUCAUUCCAGAGGUGUAUACAGAAGGAAAAAGUGGACGGAAUCCCAAACACAACUGUCUCCCCAGGUGAGGGGUUAUGGUUGGUGAACAUGUCCAAGAUGGAUGACGAUCCGGAGAGUAACACCGUCAGGUACAACAUCAGUUGGGUGUCUGCCUUCAAUCAGUCUUCUCUCCAGUACAGCAUCAGCUGGCGAGACCUAUACUCGAACGCCCUGGGCAGUAAGACGUGUGGAAGCGACAAGUCGUUUGUCGUCCUGGAACUUCCCGCCAACUCCAGCUUUGACGUAAAGGUAAGGCCAGUUGUGGCGACCUACUUGAGUCCGGACGGCAGUUGGAUCAUUGUGGGAGAGAAACCCUUUACCGUAACCACAGUGCGGACAGUGACAGAGAGUCAGCCUAUACAGGUGCCCGCCAGCAGGGAACCUGUAAAGCCAGCACGGGGAGAGCUGGACUGGGUGAUCAUCGGUGGUACCUGCAUCGCCACCGGCAUCAUCAUAGCCUUCAUCAUCUUUGUGCUCUACAAGAAACGACAGUCCUUUAAAGAUGUGAUUAUCACAAAGACAGCUGUCAGCAAGAGCAACAGCUACAAGUCAAGCAUGGGAUACAAAGCCGACGAGAUGUUGGUUGUGCCAGAUGACUGGGAAGUGGACCCCAGCCAGCUAAAGUUUAGCACUCCCCUGGGACAGGGAGCCUUCGGCAAGGUGGUCACCGGCUACUGUGACGACCGUAAAGUAGCCAUCAAGGUCCUGAAAGAUUGUGCCCCGCUGUCUUACAAGGAGGAUCUGUUAGCCGAGAUCAGCUUGAUGAAGAAACUAGGGGCUCACCCAAACAUCGUGUCUCUGGUCGGGGCCUGUACUCUCCAUGAACCCAUAGCCCUAAUCAUGGAGUACGUACCGUAUGGAAACCUACAGAGCUUUUUAAAGAAAUGUCGCCAGGAGGGGGAGUUACGGAAGAGAGGGCGUCGACGAGAGUUAACAUACUCGAUGGUUGACGCCCACGGCAGUAUAGAGAACGGUGUUAUCACAGCCACAGAUAUACUUUCCUUCGCCAGGCAGAUCCUCAUGGCCAUGGAGUACUUGGCGGAGAAGAAGUACGUCCAUCGCGAUCUGGCGGCAAGGAAUGUUCUCCUGGACUACAACAAGGUUGUAAAGGUCUGCGACUUCGGACUGUCACGUGAUAUCUAUCACGACAACCAGUACAAAAAGUUGACCAGUGGGAAGCUUCCCAUCAAAUGGAUGGCGAUCGAGUCGCUGAGGGAUAGAGUGUUCACCACACAGAGUGACGUCUGGUCGUUCGGAAUUCUCCUCUGGGAAACAGUCACUAUGGGUGCCUCCCCGUACCCGAACAUCGCCCUGUCAGACCUGUUCUACAUGCUGUCCAAUGGUUACAGAAUGGAAAAGCCCAGCAACUGCUCAGAGGAACUAUACAGCAUCAUGCGUCACAGCUGGAAGGAGUCUCCCAAAGAACGGCCAACCUUCACGCAGCUGCGACUCUACAUCGAGGAGCUGCUGACAAGGAAUUGUGACUACCUCGAGCUGGAAAACAUUGAUGUCCCGCUGAGCAACACGGACAGCAGUUCCCUCCCUUUGUCAGAUCCCUUCACCACGUCAGCAAUGGCGGCGGCCUCAGAGGCCGCGGCAAAUGGCCGCCUCAUUAGUGUAUCCAGCGGCGAUGAAAUGACAGUUGAUGUUUGCGUCCAUGAUAAAUCCACAGAUAAACUUCUGCAUCAUGUCGAAGAUGGCGAAACAGCAGUGGAUUAUCGCAACACAAAACAAAAACGAACAGAGCGGAGAUGAAAUAAAGUUGAAUUCGUCUGUCACUUUUGGACUGAAAAAAACAUUUGAAAUCAAUGCUCACACGUCUGACAAACUUAUCUUUCAGCAAAUUGCUUGAAGCAGAACUGUCCAGUACUUUGUGAUAUUGUAUUUUAUAUCAGCAUCUUCAUAACGGUGGUCAAGUGUUCAAGGACAAUUAAUGUCUCCGCAACAGACAUUAAAACUAAUGCCUUUGUGAAUUCAGUGUUCAAAGUGAAUGUUGCAACUAAACUGCUAACACAACUAUUGGGGCGUUUUUUUUUUGGAUAUGCCUGGUCCACAUGAUUAAGCGUUAUCACUGGCCUCUGUGGAUCUUCCCUUUUGAAGUUAAUGAAGCCAAUUCAAAGCUGGAACUUCAUGGAUGUACGUAAUACUUUGUUGGAACGAUUAAUUCGUUGUGGAAGUAACUGUAAAAUCAGGCAUUGCGUACGACUGGACAGGUAUAGGACCUCUGGAGAAGUGUUCAGUUUUGAAGGUUUUUUAUUGUUACCCAUUCAGGAAGACUUUAUUACUUGGGAAGGAAUUUGGGAGGUCUGUAGAGGAAUGAGCGUUUAAAAGAACCAAGUCCAUGUCGACGUGGAAUGUUGCGAUUGUCCAAUCUGUCUGUAAUGCAGUGCGGUUGCACAUUGUUCUACUGAAGAUACGGUAUUGAGGGGUGGAUACUUUGGACGCCUUCAGAUGGGUGCGCCUUUGGAUGGGUGUCCCUACAGAUGGGUGCCCCUCCAAAUGGGCGUCCUUUCAGAUAGGUGUCCCGACAGAUGGGUACCGCUCCAGAUGGGUGCCCCUACAGAUGGGUACAGCUCUAGAUGGGUGUCCCUAAAGAUUGGUGCCCCAUCACAUGGGUGGUCCUCUCCAAAUGAGCGCCCUUCUCCAGAUCAGUGCACCUACAGAUGAUUGUACCCCUCCAGAUGGGUUCCUCUGUCGAGAUGUGUGACCCUUUCCAGAUAGUGCCCCUCCAGAUAUGUUGCAGGAAGCCGUACUGUGGAUCAGUCAGCAAGAUAAUAAUAAAUUUGCACAGCUAUCACACACGGGAAACUCAGGUUGAGCUGAUAUUUGUGUUAUCUGUAUAUACAAGAUCGUUUUGUGUGUGUUUUGUGAGAACAUUUGUGUGGUUGUGAUGAACUGGUUAGCUAUAGUAAUGCCCCAUAGUUCACUGCAUUUGAUAACUUUACUAGAGCCUGAGAGUUCACUGUACUGGAUAGUUGUCGCAAUUAUCUCACAGUUCACUGUCCGAUCAGUAGCCUCUAUCAGCUACUUGUUUAUCCUAGUGAAACCAUCCAGUGGUGCCACAUCUUAUGGAUGAAUUUGCAUUUCGCCGUGAACUGAGGACUUCACGAGGAGAGGUAAACCUUGUGAAUCAGGGCUUGAGAGUGUAUACCGAUAAGUUCUCAGAUACGUUGGCCACCUUCCCAGCUAAACUUGCCAAUUAACAGCUCAAAAUUGGUAAUCGCUCAGUCGCCUGCGUUUCAGUCCAAACGUUCUAUGAGCUUAUUUUUUUGCGAACGAUUCCGAGUGCGACCGACACGAAUUGAAAAUGGCAGUCAAUGACGUCUGGCUUGCUGUCGAUGCACCAGGUACAUUUGAUAUGUGUGACACGAAUUGAAAAUGGCAGUCAAUGAAGUCUGUCGAUGCAACAGGUACAUCUGAUAUUUGUCACACAAUUUCAGGAAUAUACUUUACGAUGUGAAAGCCAGGAUUGCUCUAUCAUUGAAGGACAAAUGUUUUUCUAGCGUACAGUUUUGGCAUGUUAAUAACGACAGCACUCUCGAAAAGACCGAGUUCCAGGUUAGCGAAUGGAAGAUUACAGAUGUGUAUUUCUGAAAGCUAUGCUGGGAAGUAUGGAACGGAUCUAAGAUCUGACAGAAGACAUCUGUACGUACGACAUGGAGAUAUAGUUGAUCAUGAGUAUAAUGAUAUUCCACAGAGUCUCUGGAAGUGGUGGACCCCAUCAUACUUAGAAGGGCAAAUGGCUGUCAUACAGAACAGAGUCGAACCUCGAUGAUCUUAAUAUGACUGUUGGAGUUGACUACAAGGUGUAAAUAUUUGCGCUGUUUACUUGGAGUCAUGUUGAGUGAAUCCGGCAAACCGGAUAGAGGGGGCAUACAGCUGACACUUUCUCGUCGCUCAGCCUGGCUGACGACUUCACAGCUAUUUAUUUUUAAAUAUUUAUUGGUAAAUUAUGAGCGGAGUGCUUGGCACCUCGGGUUGGUCUGCUAUGAUAGGUGCGGACCCGCUGUUCUGUAUAUCAUGUACAUACCUUACCGUGGCAAUAGGAGACAGAUGUCCAUAUGUCUUGGCUGCGGGCAUGUUAAUGUGCUUUCUGUACAUAGAUUCUUUGAGAAGAGUAGGUUGAUCGAGAGAUUUAUCUGCAGAUAUCAGUGAAGUUAAUGGUCAUUACAGAUUCAUCAAGCUUCUUUCUCAUCGGAAUUGCUAGGGGGCUUCAACUAGUCGAAUCUACAUUGUGUGUACAAGUGUUUUAAUUCAUCCGAUGCCUGCGAAUGAGUUACCCAUGCAGGGUGCAUGUGAUCUAGAUAUGUCCUUCACAAACAAGCAGCUAUUGUGUCAAAUAGCUUAAUAAUAGAUUGUAAAAUAUUUGUACUUAUUUAUUUAUGCAGUGAUGAGUGAGUGCUUGGGUGUUUGCUUGGAGUGCACACGUCUUCCACACGUGACCUACACCUCAGAUUUUUUCAAACAUUUAUCGCACGGUAACAUGAAUGACCUGGCUAUGUUAUUUGACAAAAUAUUGUAAUUUAAAUUGCUACGUUACAUAUUUAAUAAUACUAGUACAGAACUAUGUUUAGUGAUUUGAAAACGUUAGGAGACGAAUUUCCAGGCUAAAACAUUAGCUGCCUUCGUUGUAAAUCUGUAUUUCAGAUAUAAAGCAGAAAUGCAAGCCUGAGAUUUUUUCUGCUUAGCCACAAUGUAAUUUAUAUGCAUGUAUGUGUACAGGUAUAUGUCCAAAUGUACUAUCAGCGGAAUCAGUAAUGGUGUUGCUCUACCUUUCAGGCGAAUAUAUGUCAAAUACGUGCAUUUUCCAUUUACAUGUUAAGUAAUUUAUGUUCCACAUUUGUAACGACACAGCCUCUCUAAGUAUACAGAGCAAACAAAUUCAUGAACACUAAUGGUAUGUGUUGAAAGGCUACAUGUUGUAAUGCAAACCGGAUACGUGUAAGCUUUGCAGCUUUCAAAGAGUGUAAAAUCAGUGUAGAUCACACCAGAAUACUGAGCUUAAGGUAUCCAUUGAUCGUUUCAUUUAAUUCAGACUCUCAAGUACAUGAAGAGCCACGCAGAGAAAAGAACAUUAUUUUAUUAUAGUGAUAACAAACCGUUCACUCCUGGAUCCAUAAUCUGUGAUAGAUACCGUUUAUUGUUGCUUAGGAAAAGUUAUGAAUACAGGAACUAUUGUUUUGGAAAUAUGUCAGAGUGAAAGAACCUGAAUAAAUGUACGUAUAUUAUAUUGACCUUUAAAGGGCCUCAGUGCAUGUAGAGAUGUGAUACUGACCCCUAAAGGGCCUCAAUGUAGAGAUGUCGCUCUGAUCCCAAAGGGCCUCGGUACAGAUAUGUUAUACUCACCUCCAAAGAGAUUCAGUGUUAUAUUGACCCCCAAAGGUCUCUAUGUAGAGAUUUUAUACUAACCUUCGAAGGGCCUCACUAAGAAGUCAUUCUGUGCCUCACUUUCGCCAGCCAUCCCUUCCCAGGGAAAGCAGUUGUAUAUACAAUAACAAAUAUAUACUCUUUUAAUGUCUUAGCCUCAUCAGUGAAUUAAAAUAUACGUUAAUUUAUGCAGGCUGAUGCCUA